CUCCCUCUCUCUCUCUCUCUCUGUCCUCUCUUCCCUGCCUCCUUUCACGCAGACGUCCAUUCUCCCUUUCAUCUCCCGUGUCAUCUUCCUCCCGGUCGCCGCCCCCUUUUUUUGCCCUUUCCACCCACCGCGCCAUGUGUUCGCGGCCUGAGGAGCUAAUGACGCUCGACACCCAUGUGGGUGUCGCAACGCAGGCACAGCUCCCGAUCUGUGGCCGAUGCAAGGUGAGGCCUGUUCAAUUUCGCGUCCAGGAGUCCUUCUGCGCCGAGUGUUUCAUUUUCCAGGUCUGCCUGAAGUUCCGCGUGGCCAUCGGCAGUUCGCGGCCCUUCGAAGGUGGCACUCGAGGCGGCCGCCUUCCCCCGCGGACUGCCGCCCCGGCUCAUCUCCGUCUUCCCUCACUUCGGCGCUUUGCCGUGGCCUAUUCCGGUGGGUUUGGGUCGACGGUUCUCCUGGACAUGCUUUUGGACCAGUCGCUGGUUGCCCUUCGUCGGCGGCCGACCGACUCGACUGGAGCCCUGGCCACCGUGAGCCCGGAUGACUGUCCGAUUGGGCUCCUCGGUGGUGACGGCGGAAAUGACCCUCGCCGGGCGGUGCGGCCCCCGACGCGCUGUCUUGUGUUGCACAUCGAUGAGCAUGCCUCCUACUUGGGCACGCCCGCCGCCGCGUAUGGCCCCUUUGCCGUGGGCCUGGCCGAGCAUGUUGCGCGCUUUCAGUCACACGCGGUCUUCGUUUGUGCACCGCUCGAGUUGGUCCUUGAUCGCGAACUCCCUUGCGAGGCAGACCUGGUGGCCUUCAGUCAAGCGGCCACCCUCCAGCAGUGGUAUGCCACUUCGGAAGAUGGAGCGAUUCCCACGCACCCGGCUUCCUCGCGGCGCAGCCACCAGCCGCGCAUGAGUGUCCGUGCCUUGGAGGCUCUGGCCCCGGCGUUGGAUGGGCCUCGGACAGGGGACGGCCCCAGCGCUGUGGAUGCUUCCCCGGGUCCCCUGGGACGACUGGGCUCUCUGCGUGCGCAGCUUCGCGAGGCAUUUGCCGCCUGCGGGAGCGUCUCGGCUCGAGAUGAUCUUCGCGAGCAGCUCCGGUGGCUGUUGCUCCGACGUCUGUCGCGUGCGUUCGGUUGCAAUCUCCUCUUUUCCGGCGACACCAAGACCACCCUGGCCUCAAAGACCUUGUCUCUUUGCGCCCUGGGCCGUGGCUUUAUGCUGCCAGUGGAGGCUGGCGCUGACGACUGGCGGGAGACUGAUUUCCUCGUGACCCGGCCCUUGAGGGACGUCUCCACCAAGGAGGCUUGUAUUUACAGCCAGCUUCGGGGGAUACCCUCCCUGCCGGCGAGCUUGCCGUUGGGCAUGUGCCCGGCGCCCUACAUCCCAGGCCAGGGGAACUCCAGUCUGAUUGGCCUCUCAAACGCCUUCAUCGCCCGGCUCCAGCAGGAGUUCCCGUCGACCGUGAGCACAGUCACAGCGACUGCCUUGAAGGUCACCACGGAUGCCGAGCACUUUGAUCCGGCUGCCGGGCCGAUGAAGCCGUGUCUUCUUUGCCUGGCGCCCGUCCCGGAGGCGGACAUCCAGCCCACAGUUGGUACGCGCAGUCCGAUUGGGGCGCUGGCGGAGAUCGCCACCACCGAGCGCCUCUGUUAUGGCUGCCGGACGCUGAUCAGCGAGUGCGACUAGGGCCCAGCUGCCAACGUAUGGUGAUCGGCGAUUCCUCGGAUCGGAGCGCCGUCCCUUUUAACUAGAGGGCCCGCGUCGGGCCCCUGCUCUUGGCGGGUGUGGUCUCACGCGCGGCCGCCUCGCCCCGAUGCCGCCCUGUCGGGGCAUCGUCCGCCGUUCGAUCCUGUGUCUUGUUGGUGCGGACACUGGGGUUCGGGAAGAAUACAGAUGAAAGACGCCCG